AUGUCAGACAAGAAGGAUGUAUUAGAGUUGGCUCAUUGUUUACAAUGUUAUUGGGAUCAAAAAGAUACCAUUGAAGAACUUCGUACCUAUAUUAACAAUUUCAAUAAAGCAAUGGAUUGUGUACAUGAAAAUCGUGCAAAAUUACCAAAAUUUAAAGAGUUUCUAGAGAAAUGUCAAUUUUCUGAACAAUGUAAAAGUGAAACAAUCGAUAGUUAUUUAAUUAGACCCGUUCAAAGAGUACCACGUUAUAUUCCACUCUUAACUGAUCCAUUAAAUCAUACAGUUGAUACUUUGGAAAGAGUUGCAAUUCAAGAUGUCCUAAAAAGAACAAAACAAAUCACUGAUCAAUUAAAUGAAUCAAAGAGAAAACCUGAGAAUGUUUCAAAAACUUUAUUACUUCAAGAAAAUAAUAAUAAUAAUAAUAAUAAUAAUAAUAAUAAUAAUAAUAAUAAUAAUAAUAAUAAUAAUUUAAAUACAAGUAAUUCCAAUAAUGUAACAACAACAACAACAACAAAUUUAAAUAUAAUUAAUAGACAAUUAAUUAAAGAUGGAUUAAUGAUGGAAAGUAGACAUUUUUAA